AUGCCGGCGCGCGCUCUGCUCCUGGCCGCGCUGGCCGCGCUGACGCUGGCCCGAGAGCCCCCGGCGGCGCCGUGUCCCGCGCGCUGCGACGUGUCGCGGUGCCCGAGCCCCCGCUGCCCCGGCGGCUACGUGCCCGACCUCUGCAACUGCUGCCUGGUGUGCGCCGCCAGCGAGGGCGAGCCGUGCGGCCGCCCCCUCGACUCGCCGUGCGGGGAGAGCCUGGAGUGCGCGCGCGGGGUGUGCCGCUGCCGCUGGGAGCACGCUGUGUGCGGCACCGACGGGCACACCUACGCCAACGUGUGCGCGCUGCAGGCGGCCAGCCGGCGCGCGCUGGAGCUCUCGGGGACACCCGUGCGCCAGCUGCAGAAGGGCGCCUGCCCAUCGGGUCUCCACCAGCUGACCAGCCCGCGGUACAAGUUCAACUUCAUCGCGGACGUGGUGGAGAAGAUCGCGCCGGCCGUGGUCCACAUAGAGCUCUUCCUGAGCCCGGGGCUAGGACCGGUGCUCAGCGCUCAGGGCUGCAGCGCGGGGCUGGGGCCAGAGGGGCCCACAGCGGAUGUGCGCCUGCGCAGAGCCUGGACUCCCGUGGGCAGAGAGCCCAGCGCACGGCAGCCGGGAGCUUUUACUCUAGACGGGAAGGCGGGCUGCAGGAGCCACCUUGUAUCCCACUGGAAGAAGCGAUUCAUUGGCAUACGGAUGCGGACCAUCACACUGAGUUUGGUAGAAGAACUAAAGGCCAGCAACCCAGACUUCCCAUCGGUCAGCAGUGGGAUUUAUGUGCAAGAGGUUGUUCCAAACUCACCUUCUCAGAGAGGGGGCAUUCAAGAUGGCGACAUCAUCGUCAAGGUCAACGGGCGCCCUCUGGUGGACUCAAGCGAGCUGCAGGAGGCCAUCCUGACGGAGUCCCCUCUGCUGCUGGAGGUGCGGCGGGGGAAUGAUGACCUCCUGUUCAGCAUCGCGCCCGAGGUGGUCCUGUGA